CUGGUUUGAGACAAAUGGCGUAUUAUUCAAAUAUUUUAAUGUUUUUAAUUUAAGCUUGCAUAAUAAACAGCUUAAUUCUGUAAGCAUCUCAUUUGGAUUAUGGAAUUAUUGCGCUUGGAAUACUCAAUUCAUUGCUUGUUCUCCCAUUCAAAUGAAUUAUGACAUAGAUGUUUAUUCCGUCAUUCAGGCACUCAGCUAUUCCACUUCUAUACCCAUUUUAUACAAAUCCUCAUCAAUCACCUAUGUUCGAUUUAUACCACUUCUUUUAGCUUCCUUUCUCGCAGUAGUAGCUAUCAGCAUCUCGCUUUAUCUCAUACCCAAUAAUCCUAAAAACCUCGUUCAACAACGCGCUUUAUUCCGAAUCGUCAGCAUUACCAGCCUCGUCACAGCCCUUGUCGUAUCGGCACCUUACGGAAUCACCGUACAAUCUUACUCUGUCAAUGUUCGUCAUGCCUGUUCUUUAAUUGAAAAUUUUACAUGCUCAAGCGUAUCAUACCAAGCAGAGACCGCACUACUGGGUAUAUCCAUAGGCUUGUUCGUCCUUGCCGCCAUUUGCUCCCUCAUGUGCGCAUGCCAGCUGAAACAAACAAGGGAUUAUAGCCUGUCGGAAGCCAACCGUGUUUCCUAUUACAGCAACCAAGAACAGCCCAUUGAUGAAAAACAACAGCCAUUAGACGCGGAAAAGGCGCUGAGAAAAGAUAAUCACAUCAUACCACCCUCUCUACUUGCGGAUGAUACAAUCUGGAACAUUGAAAAUAAAGAGAAAAUCUCACUCCGUCCACCUCCCGCAUUCAAUUCGACUCAUACUGGUACCGCCAAAACAAGAAGCAUUGUGCAACCAACGUAUUACUCGUCUGAGUCCUCUUUUUCUAUCCAUGACACCACGCUCCUUCCACCUAAUUUACCUUUUGCGGGUAAACGACCCUUAAGUAAUGGCUCAGAUAAUACAUUUGGUGCAAUUGACAGAAGUAGUGACGUCUUGGCAGAUGACUGUCCCUCACGCUCGUCAUCUUGCACAGACCACCGUCCGGAUCUAAGAAGAGGAAGUAGUAAUAAUACAUUCAUGUACGCUUCUGGAUCUCAAACACAAUCGAAUCAUACGUUGGGUACAUUUAAUCUUCGACAAAAUUCUUCUCAGUAUUCUUCGCAAGACAGUAGUACGGACGACUUUCAGUCAAUUAGUCAGUCUGGAACGAACAAGACUCUACAACAGCGUAUUAAUCACUACUUGAGAAAGUGA